GUCUUAUUAAUUUUUCUGUGGGGCUGCAGCUGGAGACCGCGGAGGGUUGGAAAUGACGCUCGGAGCUUUAAUUACCGCAGCCACUGGACAAGUGUGAAGAAAGCUGACAGGAAAAAGGACAGGCUCCGGGUGGGGAGAAACCAGAAGCUCUCCCUCCUCUCCCCCCUUCUCUCCCGGUUUGGUCUCGAGUGCAGGGAAACUGAAAAAGGAGCCUAACAUAGCCCGGCUUGGGGGAGAGGCCGGAAACCUUCCGCCUCUUUGCAAUCAACUUUUUUGGGAAGCCUUUUCCCCCUUUAUUAUUGUCGACCAACCAGUGAGAGAGAGAGAGAGAGAGAGAGAAAGUGAGGAGGGAGCGAGACAGCGAAGGCUCAGCCGGGAAAUAGCUGCACAGUCCGGCGCGGAGCCGGGCGCAGACACUCGCACGCCGCCUCCUUCCCGGGACCCCGGCCCUGGCCCCGCGGGCGCGGAUUCGCCCACCCGCCCGGGAGCCCGUGCACCGCGCGCUCCCACGCGCCCGGCUGGGGAUUCUCCGCGCGCCGCACGGGGCUAUGCCAUUUGGACAUGUAACUGUCAGCACGGGAUCUGAGACUUGCCGAAAAUGAAGCUGGCGACGGGAUUGUGGGGCUGGCUGAGCCUCCUCGUGGCGGCGGGAACCGUCCGGCCCGGCGCUUCUCAGUCAGUGUGUGCAGGAACAGAAAAUAAACUGAGCUCUCUCUCAGACCUGGAACAGCAGUACCGAGCCUUACGAAAAUACUAUGAGAACUGUGAGGUGGUCAUGGGCAACCUGGAGAUCACCAGUAUAGAGCACAACCGGGAUCUCUCCUUCCUGCGGUCUAUCCGAGAAGUCACCGGCUAUGUAUUAGUGGCUCUUAACCAGUUUCGUUACCUGCCUUUGGAGAAUUUACGGAUUAUUCGUGGGACAAAACUUUAUGAAGAUAGAUAUGCUUUGGCAAUAUUUCUAAACUACAGGAAAGAUGGAAACUUCGGACUUCAGGAACUUGGAUUAAAGAACUUGACAGAAAUUCUAAAUGGGGGCGUCUAUGUAGACCAGAACAAGUUCCUUUGUUAUGCAGACACUAUUCAUUGGCAAGAUAUUGUUCGGAAUCCAUGGCCUUCCAACUUGACUCUGGUAUCAACAAAUGGAAGCUCCGGAUGUGGACGCUGCCACAAGUCUUGCACAGGCCGAUGCUGGGGACCUACAGAAAAUCACUGCCAGACUUUGACGAGGACAGUGUGUGCAGAGCAGUGCGAUGGGAGAUGCUAUGGACCCUAUGUCAGCGACUGUUGCCAUCGGGAAUGCGCUGGAGGCUGCUCUGGACCUAAGGACACAGACUGUUUUGCCUGCAUGAAUUUCAAUGACAGCGGAGCUUGUGUCACUCAGUGUCCCCAGACCUUUGUCUACAAUCCAACCACCUUUCAGCUGGAGCACAACUUCAAUGCCAAGUACACAUAUGGAGCAUUCUGUGUCAAGAAAUGUCCACAUAACUUUGUGGUAGAUUCCAGUUCAUGUGUACGUGCCUGCCCUAGUUCCAAGAUGGAAGUAGAAGAAAAUGGGAUUAAGAUGUGUAAACCUUGCACUGAUAUCUGCCCAAAAGCUUGUGAUGGCAUUGGCACAGGAUCACUGAUGUCAGCUCAGACUGUGGACUCCAGUAACAUCGACAAGUUCAUCAACUGCACAAAGAUCAAUGGGAAUCUGAUCUUCCUUGUCACUGGUAUUCACGGGGAUCCUUACAAUGCAAUUGAAGCUAUUGACCCAGAAAAACUGAAUGUCUUUCGGACAGUCAGAGAGAUAACAGGUUUCUUGAACAUACAAUCAUGGCCUCCAAAUAUGACUGACUUCAGUGUUUUCUCUAACCUGGUGACCAUUGGUGGGAGAGUACUCUACAGUGGCCUCUCCCUGCUGAUCCUCAAGCAACAAGGUAUUACCUCUCUGCAGUUUCAGUCCUUGAAGGAAAUCAGUGCAGGAAAUAUCUACAUCACUGACAACAGCAACCUGUGUUAUUAUCACACCAUUAAUUGGACGACACUCUUCAGCACAAUCAACCAAAGAAUAGUGAUUCGGGAUAAUAGAAAAGCUGAGAAUUGUACUGCAGAAGGAAUGGUGUGUAACCAGCUGUGUUCUAGCAAUGGCUGUUGGGGACCUGGGCCAGACCAGUGCCUGUCCUGCCGCCGGUUCAGCAGAGGACGGAUCUGCAUAGAGUCUUGUAACCUCUAUGAUGGUGAACUUCGGGAGUUCGAGAAUGGCUCUGUCUGCGUGGAGUGUGACUCCCAGUGUGAGAAGAUGGAAGAGGGCCUCCUCACGUGCCAUGGGCCAGGACCUGACAACUGCACAAAGUGCUCUCAUUUUAAAGAUGGCCCAAACUGUGUGGAAAAGUGUCCAGACGGCUUACAGGGGGCAAACAGCUUCAUUUUCAAGUAUGCGGAUCAGGAUCGGGAGUGCCAUCCCUGCCACCCAAACUGCACCCAAGGGUGUAACGGUCCCACUAUUCAUGACUGCAUUUACUACCCAUGGACGGGCCAUUCCACUUUACCACAACAUGCUAGAACUCCCCUGAUUGCUGCUGGAGUCAUUGGUGGGCUCUUCAUCCUGGUCAUAGUGGGUCUGACAUUUGCAGUUUAUGUUAGGAGGAAGAGCAUCAAAAAGAAAAGAGCCUUAAGAAGAUUUCUAGAAACAGAGUUGGUAGAACCCUUAACUCCUAGUGGCACAGCACCCAAUCAAGCUCAACUUCGUAUUUUGAAAGAAACUGAACUAAAGAGGAUAAAAGUCCUUGGCUCAGGUGCUUUUGGAACUGUUUAUAAAGGUAUUUGGGUUCCUGAAGGAGAAACAGUGAAGAUUCCUGUAGCUAUUAAGAUUCUCAAUGAGACAACUGGUCCCAAGGCCAAUGUGGAGUUCAUGGAUGAAGCUCUAAUCAUGGCAAGUAUGGACCAUCCACAUCUAGUUCGCUUACUGGGUGUGUGUCUGAGCCCAACCAUCCAGCUGGUUACACAGCUUAUGCCCCAUGGCUGCCUGCUGGAUUAUGUCCAUGAACACAAGGAUAAUAUAGGGUCACAGCUGCUGCUAAAUUGGUGUGUACAGAUAGCUAAGGGAAUGAUGUACCUCGAAGAAAGACGACUUGUCCAUCGGGAUUUGGCAGCCCGUAAUGUCUUAGUGAAAUCUCCAAAUCAUGUGAAGAUCACAGAUUUUGGACUAGCCAGACUCUUGGAAGGAGAUGAAAAAGAGUAUAAUGCUGAUGGAGGAAAGAUGCCAAUUAAGUGGAUGGCUCUGGAGUGUAUACAUUAUAGGAAAUUCACUCAUCAGAGUGACGUCUGGAGCUACGGAGUCACUAUAUGGGAACUGAUGACCUUUGGGGGAAAACCCUAUGAUGGAAUUCCAACCCGAGAAAUCCCUGACUUAUUAGAGAAAGGAGAACGUUUGCCUCAGCCUCCCAUCUGCACUAUUGAUGUUUACAUGGUCAUGGUCAAAUGUUGGAUGAUUGAUGCGGACAGUAGACCUAAAUUCAAGGAACUGGCUGCUGAAUUCUCAAGGAUGGCUCGCGACCCUCAGAGAUAUCUAGUUAUUCAGGGUGACGAUCGUAUGAAGCUUCCCAGUCCAAAUGACAGCAAGUUCUUUCAGAAUCUCUUGGACGAAGAGGAUUUGGAAGAUAUGAUGGAUGCUGAGGAAUAUCUGGUCCCCCAGGCUUUCAACAUCCCUCCUCCCAUCUACACUUCCAGGGCCAGAAUUGACUCAAACAGGAGUGAAAUUGGACACAGCCCUCCUCCUGCCUACACCCCCAUGUCAGGAAACCAGUUUGUGUACAGAGAUGGGGGAUUUGCUCCAGAACAAGGCAUGCCUGUGCCAUACAGAGCCACAACCAGCACCAUCCCAGAAGCUCCAGUUGCCCAAGGUGCUGCUGCUGAGAUUUUUGAUGACUCCUGCUGUAAUGGCACCCUACGCAAGCCAGUGGUACCCCAUGCCCAAGAGGACAGCAGCACCCAGAGGUACAGCGCUGACCCCACAUUGUUUGCCCCAGAACGGAGUCCAAGAGGAGAACUGGAUGAAGAAGGCUACAUGACUCCUAUGCGAGACAAACCCAAACAAGAAUACCUGAAUCCCGUGGAGGAGAACCCUUUUGUGUCUCGGAGAAAAAAUGGAGACCUUCAAGCUUUGGAUAAUCCUGAGUACCACAAUGCUUCCAAUGGUCCACCCAAGGCAGAGGAUGAGUAUGUGAAUGAGCCAUUAUACCUCAACACCUUUGCCAAUGCCUUGGGGAAUGCUGAGUAUCUGAAGAACAGUGUACUGUCUGUGCCAGAGAAGGCCAAAAAAGCAUUUGACAACCCUGACUACUGGAACCACAGCCUGCCACCUCGAAGCACCCUCCAGCACCCAGACUACCUGCAGGAGUACAGCACAAAAUAUUUUUAUAAACAGAAUGGACGGAUCCGGCCUAUUGUGGCAGAGAAUCCUGAAUACCUCUCUGAGUUCUCACUGAAGCCAGGCACUGUGCUGCCUCCUCCACCCUACAGACACCGGAAUACUGUGGUGUAAACUAAGCAGUAGUUUGAAGGUGGAAAGACACACCCGCUCCAUUUCCCCACCCCCUCUCUUUCUCUGCUGAUCUUCCUUCUGCCCCUAAGGCCAGUAGUUUUGACACUUCCCAGUGGAAGACAUAGAGAUGCAAUGUUAAUUGUGUGCUUAUCUAACUCAAACAUUAGAAGGAAGGACAAAAAGAGAAAGACAGGAGGAACCACACUGUUUCUUCAUUUCUCCGCAUGAGUUGCUCAGGAGAGUGGAACAGCUAGAGAAGGAGCAGAAAAUACCAGAUAAUACUGCCUACUGUCAAACUGGUUUUCAGCCAACCAAUCUACCUUUGUUCCUUUCUUCCUUGCUUCCUUCCUUCCUUCCUUCCUUCUUUCCUUCCCUUCUUGCUUCCUUGUCUUCCUUCCUUUACUUACUUUUAAAUACAGAUGGAUCAAAUACCCAUGCUAUUUGUUCCUAUCUGGAGUAAUUGAUGUAUAUAUAUUCAGUGUCCCUGGAAAUCUUGUUUCUAUUAGAACAAAAAAUAGUCAUUUCAAUAAGGUGAUAGUGACUGAGAUUGAGAAUCCCAUUUCUUUCUCCUACAUUUUCUAUCCUGGGAAGUAAAAAUGGCCAACCCAGCUUUUAUAAUUUUUAAAUCUCCAUCAAAUUUAUAUCUUGAGAUUAUGUUUGGAAGGCUUUUUGGUUUUUAAUUUUUGUUUUGAUUUGGCUUAUUCUUUUAUAUUUAUUUUUCCUCUAUUUUUGGAUUUCAUUUGUAAUUGUGAAGAUAUUUACAUCAAACCUUCUUGACACUAUUUAAAUUUUAAAAAUUAAUAUAAUGAAGAAGCCACUAUUUUAAAGCCAGUCUUUAAAAUUAGAGGGGAAAGCCAAGAUUCUAGUCAAAUGAAGCAUCAAACCUAGUGUUCAUGUUCACACUAUUGAAUAUAUGGUCCCCUUAUACUUUAUGUUCUUUAAUUUUUUCUUCCUUUCCGUAAAUGACAGUACUUGAUUGGCAGUUGGUAAUUUUAAGAGUAGAAAGGAAACUAGGAGAUAGUUCUGUGUGGUUCAAGAACACUACUGACAUUUUUAGGAGUGGUUGAAUGGGGAAAUCCACAAACUGGAAGAAACACACUGGAUUGGGUAUGUCUACCUAGCGGGCACUCAGAAAUAUAGUUUGCACUUAAGCUAUAAUUUUAUUUUUUAUUUUUCUGGACUCCAUUUUGGAUUUUGAAUGAAGCAAUAUGGAAGCAACCAGCAAAUUAACUAAUUUAAGUACAUUUUUUAAAAGAUGAGAUAAAGACAGAUUGUGAAAAUGUCAACCCAAUUAGGACUUUGGAACAGUAUCCAGGGAUUAUGAUGAGAGAGCCAGCAUAUUAUCUAUAUAUGAGAUCACAUUUGCUACAUAAAGAAAUUUGUUCACUUUAUGUGCUUCACAUGAAGAAAUGCAAGUUAAGGAUUGGCUUGAAUUCUAUGGAAUUUCUAGUAAGAGACUUUAUAUCAAGUAGAAGGCAACUCAAAGCCAAAAAUUGGUGUAAUAAAAAUAAAAACAAACAUUCACAGUUUAUGGGUAGGUCCUUGGAUCAAAAUUUGUAAAUAUGAAAAGUCACCUCAUGCAAUAAUUUUAUUAUCCAAAAAUAUUAAUCUUUUGAUACUUUGUCAUAAAUCCUUUUCUUCACAUACUGCAUUCUAGUUCUAGAACCAUCUUUAUUCUGUUUUGUGCUAAAAGAGUAUCUACUGAGUUAAGAUUAGUGAUAAGAAUUGAGUCUCCAGAAAAACAGGGCCUCAUGUUAGUAAUUAGGAAAAUUGGAUACACAUCUCUCUUUUCCACAAAAUUCUACUUCGAGUCAUUUAAAUUUGUAAAAGUUAUUUCUUUUUAAUGUUAAAGCAUUAGGAGCAAAUAAGUAUCAGUAACCUCAAGAGAACCAAUUACAAUAAAAAUCUAUUAGUAACCCAGAGAGAGUUUAAAGGGAAAAAAAUACAAAGAAAUCUACAUUUCUACCUAGUUUGGAAAACAUAAAUCUAUUCACCAAUCCAAAGUUAUCCAAUUGAUAUUUAUCUAGAGUCUACCAAAAGCACUGUGUUAAAGGAAGAAAAGCCACAUGAGUGGAAUAUCAUCCCUUACUUCAAAAUGUUAUAGUCUAGGAGGCUUAUUUGGAGUAACAUUUUAAUUUCUCCAUGAGUUCAAGGAAUUAGAUUGCAUGGACUAUUUUAUGAGUAAUUUUUACAGAUUCAGGUUUGUAGUAAAACAUAUCCUGUAAACUCAUAAACUCAUUUGGGAAAUGAAUUAAAUAUCCUUCAAAUUUAUUGAAGUGGACAAACAGAAUAGUUGCAAUGUUGUCAUCCAACCACAAACAAUUCAGCCAAAACAUUACAUCACUGGCUAAUUGGCCAAUCUAACUUGCAACUUUACUUUUAACUCAACACCAUAUGAUCAUCUUUGGCCAAAAACCUUGGAAGUGUUGGGAUUGGUCUCUUCUUAUGCUAUGAGAAGUGCAGCAAACUGAAAGAAUGAAUUGGAGGAGGAGCAGAGUUUGUGAGAUCUCUUCUGUUGAAGUUCAAUCACUAACUUCCCAGGGAUAAGGACUCAGAAUGACUUGGAGGCCACCACCUAGUAGCUUAUAGUUCUCCCACUCUAUUGGAGGAAUCUUUAGGAAAAGGAGACCUGACAUCAGUACUUAUGAAGAAUUGAAGAUAAGCCUCUCAUUCUAGGUUACAUAAAUCUGUCUCAAGUUGUCAGUGACUGCACCUUCUUGGAAACUCUAACUUGACUUUUUGUCUUUUCAUUUAUGAUAUUCAUAUGGCUUCUACAGGCAUUAGAAAGCAGAGUCACUUUAUCUGGUAAAAGGAAAAGGAGGCUACUUUAAUUAUUGAUGUAAUGGACAUAUAUUUAAUGAACGUAGUCUUCUUUCUCUAAAAACAAAACAUCUACAUCAGCUAAUCUUCCUCUAAAACUUAGAGAUUGAUCCAAAUAUAAUUUAAAAUGCCCCAAAGUGCUUCUCAGUCGCACUACUUUGUCAUUCCGUUUGAAUUAUUUCUAUAGUAUAUUCUUGAUUUCAGUUGUUUGGAAUUUUCUUCUUUGUUUUACUUUUGUGCCCAGAAAUGCAUUUGAGAGUGUACAAGAGGAAGACAAAAAGUUUCCUUUGCUCUAGACAAUAAUUUUAUUUUGAUCCAGAAAAGAAAAAUUUAUAAAUGCCGCUUGCAGCUUACAAAGUGCUUUGCAAUAUCGGAACACAGACAUCCAUAGUAUGGAAAUAUGCAGAAUCAAGAAUGUAAACUUGAAAAACAUAAGCUCUUGGUUUUUUGACUAGUACUAGCUGCAUAGAUUAGGAUAAGAUUCUUUCUUCAGAAACAUUCUUGAAAUAGCAUGGAAAACAAUGCAAAAUUUAAAUUCCUUUCAAAUGCAUUAACUAAAAACAAAAGACUUUCUUUAAAGAUCAGGAAGAAAGACUGAGUUACUAUGACUUGUGGGAGGAAAUAGUGUUCUUCUAAGUGUUAUAAUUAAUGUCUGUACCAACACCUUCUGAAGUAAGGACAUGAUACAGGAUAGAGCACAUUUCCAAUGCUAAGGAAAAAGUAACAACGUGAUGCUCUGCUGCUAGAUGCUAAGUUGGUGGGAUGAUCAAUAUACUUCCUGAAGUGUCAAAUUUGAAAAGAAAACAGUUUCAGACUGACAGGGAAGGAUGUAAAUACAAGUUUUUUUGGGUUUUUUUAGACCUAUCUAACCCUUAUUUAAAAACUUAAAUUAUUCAUCCAUCUAUAAGUGUUGAUUAUUUAACUAGUAUAUGUAGUCCAUAAGGUAAUGGAAAAAAUGAUUAUGAAAGCAUGUAUAAAACUGGAGAGAACCAUGAUAAUGUUGUAAGAUGUAGAUUUAGUUAGGUUAUCAGAUGUUAAAUGAUUUUAAUAUUAUUAAAUAAAUCAAGUUAAGAAACUAACCAUAAAGUAUGUGUAACAAACUAAAAUUCAGGCUAUGAAAAUUUAGAUUGGAUAUUGCCUAGUAAAAUAUAUAUACAUAUAUAUAUAUAUAUAUAUACACACACACAUUUAAGUUUGCCAUUUAAAAUUGUUAUUUGUUGGGUUUAGCUGAAAGUAAGUGUAUGUGGUUCCAAUUGUGAAAACUUGCUGUAAAGCUCCAUAAUUAAAAAUUUUCUCAUUCUCUUAUUCCUUUAUUACUUUCUAAAUGUAUUAAGUGCAAGGAGAAUUUUCUUCUUCAUUUUUAGUUUGUUUUGUAAAUACAACCUUGUAGCUUUUAACAGGCAAAUACGUUACAUGUGACUUUAAGAGGUCUUCAAGACAAAGUAAAGGAAAAGAAAGAGUUCUGUUACCUUAUGCAAAGACAAAUAAGUGGUGUUAUUUAGAAAACAAACAAAAUAUAUUUAAUUUGUGACUUAUACUUUCUUUUCCCACCAUACUCUGUUGCCUUGAAAACCAACAAGGAAUUCAUCAAAAUUUUUCUGAUAAAUACAUGCUAAAGAAAGCAUUCUUUCAGACUCUAGCUUUUAGACUGAUGAUUUGCUAUGGGACAUGUGAGAAUUUCAGGUGUAUACAUUUAUACUUGUUAAAAAGCCAGAUAAGCCAAGUUGUACAAUAUAGACUACCAACAGAGGAUCCUGCUGGGCCUCUCUGUGUAUGUGGAUAAUGUUGUACAUCAAGUUGAAGGACAGCCUUGUUCCCAUGCAGACAUAGAAGGGCAGACUAUGUCUUCUGCUUGCCAUUUGCUUAAAAAUAAAUAACGUUAUACAGGUAUAAAUAAGAUAAUUUAAAAAAAUCUUUAUCAGUGGAGACCUAAUUCUUACCAAUACUACAACUGGGCCAGCUUUUAUACUUCCAGGUAUAAUUUUCUUAAUCCAGAGAUGCCUUUGCAAAAGGAGUUCUUCUUCAUUACAAACAUGAAGUUCUUGCAGGCAUUGUGUUUGUCCAGGAGCCUUUGUGUUUACCUAGGUAGAGCUCUUCUAACACCAUGGGCUGCUUUCUUCCUUUGAAUAAAAUAAAGAUCUCUAAAACAGUAGAAAUUCCAAAUGUUCUGUUCAAUUACCAAUGAAUUUGUAGACUGGAAAAAAUGUAGAAUGUAUCACUUUUCCAGACCCCUGCCUUGUUUCAUUUCCAGUAAGGGGAUACUUUGGGUAGAAGGAACAGCUUCUAGAGUCACACGGUGAAAACAUUUUAAGCCCCAAUUUCAUGGGGUAUUCACUUGCCUCCUGUGGAAAACACUACUUUGGCAGUCAGCUCUGCAAGGGAUACCUUGUUAAGAAUCACAGAAACCUUUAUUUCUCUCUAAAAUUUAGAGGAAAAUAGCACCCUCACUUUUUAAAUUCUCAUUGGCACAAUACUCUCCAUUCUUUUCAUUUUCUACCACCAUAAUUCAAAGUGGCUCUCCUGGCAUCAUCCCUCUCUUAAGCCAUAGUGGAUCCCUGUGGUCCCACAUCCUACUCUGCGAUAUACUGACUUGGAUUUUAUCCUUGAAUGCCUGAUUUUUCCACAAAAGAUCCUGUCAAUUUGGAUAUUGUUUACGUAACUUCUCAGAUAAAUUAUUGCACAGAGAAUACUUUCAGUUGUUUCCCCAUGAAGACUGAGUCUCAUAUAUGUCCUCUGUAGGAAUUUGAGAGGAGGUAGCCCUGUGAUGAAUCUUGAAACUCAUACAUGUGUGCACAUAUUCUUCUAGGUCUUGGAUGUAGUCUUUCCAUGCAAACUAUGUCCAUAACCAAGGAGUUAGUUUUUGCCUGCAAAUUAACUUAUUUACUUUAUUCAUCUUAUUUUAUUCCUGAUUGAAAAUAUUUUAUAGCUGCUGUAUUUUUUUUCCAAAUGAGGAGUCUUAUCAUACCAGUAAAAGCUAGUCAGCUUUGAGAACCCCCUUCAACUUCUUUUUCAGGAUUGUACAUCCAUUUAACAAAUUUAUGAGUGAAAUUUUGCUCUCAUGAAAAUAUGUUAUCUAAUACAAUGCCAUUCUUUCUCUACUUGCCCUCUUGAAGGAUAUUUUUCUUUUAAUGCUCCAGUGAGUUUCUCCCAUAUCAUGAAUGGUUAUAUUUGUACAAAUAUACAAAGAUAGAACAACAAAGCUUUGUAACUGCAGGCAAUACUUUAACUUGUCCAAACCACUUUGCCUUUAUUACUAUUUUUAUCCCCGAUAUGUAGAGGUUUCCCCCAGGCCUGUAGCCCUUUUGAAGGAAAACAAACCAUAUCACCUAGAUAUUGACAUAAACGUGAUUUUCAAACAUUAUUUCCAAAUAUUUUAGUUAAUGGAGGGGUUGUCAUUUUUCCCUUAAUGUGAGAGUUAUUUUUCCUGUAAAUUUCUGGAUCUCUCAGGGGCUGGGAGGGGGGAGUGAGGGGACAAUAACCAUAGCACUCCAAGAACCCUUUUGGAAGUACUCCCGUAAUCAAAAUACAAAAAUUAUUUUCUAAAUGUAGAUAUGUAAGCUGUUCUUUUAAAGUAAGGUACUUUGAAAUAUGUAGCAUAAACUGGUACUGCUGUCAAAUGGGUCGAUUAUUAAACUGAGCAGCUGUGUGAGGGCAGCUAACUUUGAAUUCACAUCUCACUGGCUGGGGUGUCCGCAUUUCAUAUCGUGAGCAACAGGGAUUGCAUUGUUGCAUGUUGAAACUGCAUUUUCACAUGCUUUGACUAGCAGUUCAUCUCUUUCUUGAGCAUCAUUAUGAGAUCAAUGUGCAAGACAAAUUGAAGCACCAAGUAAACACGUCACAUUAAAUAUUCUCUCAAACACUCAUCUUGUGCAUGCAUCAAAGAAGUUGGCUAAGCCUUUUGGGUGAGAAAGGGAGAAUCUUUACCCAAAAGGUGGAGUUGUGUUCACUUCCUUAUUUUCUUGUAAACAGAAAACAAGGCCUCUCUCUUGUGAAGUAUCUUCAAAGGAUAGGGGUACAAAAAUAACUUCCUGGUAAGCCAUCAAUGUUUCAUUUAAGUCCCAGCAUUCAAAGUUAGCUGCCUUUUUGAAAUAUACAAAAAAAAAAUACUACUGUAUGUUUGAAAAUGUGAAUAGUAUUUUUAUAGCUUGUUAAAGACAUGGCUAGUUGCAUUUGUAAAUAAGGAAAAUGUUGCUUUGAUUUCCUUUUGUGAACAUCUUUAUUUGGAAUAUAAUUGUCUCUAGGGUUGAUUUGUAUAUAAGUAAUUGGCUUGUGAUUGUUUCUUUUUGGUUGGAAGUUAUCAUUUUGACAUUACUUGUGAUUCUGUGUUUAGCACUAUUGUGACGUGUCCAACUUCUGCACUCGCUUACACAAUAGGAUAUGUCAAUUGUGUGUGGUGUAAUGUUAUUUUAUUUGUUUCUCUGUUUUAUCUGUGAAGGAUCAUGCACUUAACACAUACUAACUUUUUUAAUGUUAGGUAUAUUUUUAGUAUAAUUUCCUUUAUUCAUUCUUCUCUAAUCUUUCACCCCAUUCUCUUUCCUACCCCUGGUUUCUGUUGUUAUUUGAGAAUGAGGGAGAAACAAUAUUUUAAAUUUAUGUAAUUAGGCUCUUCAGUUAGUUCUCAAGGAUCCUAUUGGCUCUUGGGAAAUAAUUGUACCUGUACAAGGCAAUUAUAGAAUGCGAACUGCUUUGCCUCAUUCUGUACUGAUCAUCCCAGCUGAACAAUUUGAAAACUGUUCUGCCUUUUUGUUACAUGAAUCUGUCAGAAAUAUAUUUUUAAUUUAAUAUAAAUGAAAUUCAAUAAAAUAUGAAACUAA